CACCAAUCAAUUUGUACCCUUCCAUUUCUGAUGGUGAAAAUUAGGUCAGAAACAAAUAAUUUGAAGCAGAAGAUGAGCUUGAAAAGUGUUCUUGUUCUUGUUGAUUAGAAACUUUUGAUUACAUGCUAGUGGUAUAAAGAGGGGAGAAAAUGCCACAUAGAACGAGGCCCAUGACAGGGAUGUUGGUAUUUCUAGGGGUCAAUGCAGUUUUACUGUCAACGAUCUCUCCGGUGUAUGAUUUCGUCUGCUUCCUACCUUACUGGGAUAGAAGGAGAGAAAGACGCCGUAUUGAAAGGGAGGGUGCUUUGGCAAAGGAAUCGUAAUAGGCUUGAAGUAUGUUCUGACAUUUAAUGUAUGAGGGACGAAGCAGCUGCACUUCAAUUUGGACGAUUGGUUUGUAACUUUUCUUGGUAGCAAGAAGUUACCUUUGAAGGGUUGUUUCUACAUAUUCUUCAGCUGCACUUAAAACUUAAAUGUCAGUUUGGUUCUAGUACUUUAACAUAGUUGGUAAAUUUCACCUUGAAUAGUGCCAUAGAGAUAAACUUCUUAUAUAUCUUCUCACCAUUAAGUUGAUAUGCAUUUCCCCGAA